AUGGAAAUUCCUCUCCCUUCUUACGUCGUGGUUGCAUGUGAUGCCACUAAAGAUCGCAAUGAGCAUGAGAUCAAGCUUGUGGUCGAUCACCUUCAAAGCAGGAGUGGCAUUAUCAGUGCAAGUAAUAGCUUUCUUGUGCUCGGUGCUUUGCAUAAGGUUCCGCAUCCAAUGGGGUACCAGACAUUAGCAUGCCCGGAGUCCUUUGCUGGCACUAAUAUUCGUGCAAUGGAGGAAGAAGUUAACAGAAAAAUUGCAACAUAUAAAAGUGUGCUUCUCCGGAGUAAUGAAGAACGUGAAAAUAAAGGGGUUAGAAUCGAGGUUAAAGUCACAGCAGGUUUUCCGAUUAGGCAGCGUGACCUGAGAUUCUACAGGAACAAGAUAACGUGUAAAAUUGCUUUGGUUAAAGAUGACUUUUCGGUGGAUAUUUGGAGAUCACAUCAUAUAGAUGAAACAUAUGUGGCAGAACAAAAGCUUAUUUACUCUUUUUCCAAGUGUGUUUCACUAUCAGAUUUUCAUAGUGUUGAUCAUGAGGACCAAUCUGUUACCGUAUGCAAAACCUAUCCUCUUUCCAUUACUUCUGACAGUUCUAAGAUCAAUACAAAACAUUCAAAUGCUAACAAGGCUGCGGAGCAUAAUAUUUCACCAUAUUUUGGAUCAUUUUCAGAUCCUCCAAUUCUUUGUGCUGGUUGUGGGACUCACACUGCAUUGUAUACCAACGAGUUAAAGAGGUUCAGCUACUCUGAGAUUCAACUUGCAACAAAUGAUUUUUCAAAGGAUAACGUAUUAGGUGAAGGUGGAUAUGGACAUGUAUACAAGGGCAUACUUAAAGAUGGGCAACAAAUAGCUGCUAAAGUAAGGAAAGAGCAAAGUAAACAAGGGUCUUCUGAGUUCAAUUCUGAGGUUUACGUGCUGAAUUUUGCUCGCCACAAGAAUAUAGUUAUGCUAUUGGGUUACUGUUUCAAAGAAAGGCUAGAUAUUUUGGUAUAUGAGUAUAUCUGCAACAUGUCUCUUGAUUGGCAUUUAUUUGAUGAAAAUGCCCCAGUUCUUGAGUGGCACCAAAGAUAUGCCAUCGCUAUUGGAACUGCGAAAGGAUUGCGUUUUCUGCAUGAAGAAUGUCGUGGAGGUCCUAUCAUUCAUCGUGACCUGGGUGACUUUGGCCUUGCCAAAUGGAAGACUAGUGAUAAGAUUCUACAAACAAGGAUAAUGGGCACAUUAGGAUACCUUGCCCCUGAGUAUGCUGAAGACGGUAUUGUUUCUGUUGCAGCAGAUGUGUAUGCUUAUGGCAUUAUUCUUUUACAACUGAUAACAGGACGCAAGGCAACUUCUAGCCCAGAGCAAAAUCUCUCCCUUCGACAAUGGGCUGAGGCCAAGAUUGAGAAGUUGGCAUUUCACGAACUUAUAGAUUCUCGUAUUGCGCAUUCAUAUAACUCAAACGACCUAUACAUGAUGGCCAAGGUAGCAUACUACUGUGUGCAAAGAAAUCAUGAGAAGCGACCCUCCAUUGCAGAGGUUGUUCGUCUUCUUGAGGGACAAAAUGACCUUUACUGUUCCAUUAAUGCACAUCAAUUUCGGAUCGAAACAUAA